AUGGACAACAACCCAUUUCGUUCUCAAAAUGCCAACAUGUAUACAGGAAUGCCUUCUGGGCAAGGCCAGUUUCCACAGAGCAAUCCAAUGCCAUCCACUUCAAACUUUGGCAAUAGCAACUUACUUGUAGACACGAGUCUUCCCGGUUCUACCCAGCAACACCAGCCAUUACAACAACAACAACAACCAUACUAUUCUCCUCAACAACAACAGCAUCCACAACAAUCCUUUUAUCAACCUAUGAACAAUCAACAAUUCGGCUAUUCUCAAGCGCCUCAACAGCAACCUACUAGUACGACUACAACGACAUUUCCUUUCAUGCAACAACAACAACAGCAACCCUCUUUCCAACAACCACAGCAAACAUCCUCAUUUUAUAAUCCCACUCAAUCAUUUGGCUAUGGUGGCUCUUUCAAUAAUGGAGUAACGAGUUUCCCACAAUACCAGCAGCAACAGCAACCACAAGCAUACGAUCCAUCCAAUGUCUUUAUUCCCCAAAAUUUCGGUGUCUCUUCUACUGGUAAUAAUAAUAACCCCGGUGCUCAGCAAUUCCACCAACAGCAAAGUAUGCCUCAACGGCCGACUGUGGAUGCAAGCGCUUAUCUAAAAAAGAGUGGCAAGGUACGCAAAGAGGAAUGCCCAAUUUGUCACAAGAUGAUUGAAGGCGAUGAUCCAGCUAUUAAUCACCAUGUCAACGAGCAUUUGGAAUACGAUAUGUAG